GUAGACGCUCGGAGUAAGUUCGGAUGGUAGCGUUGGUAGCGUGAGGCGACGCUUAGUCAUGGCACGUGAUGGGUGGAACGCGUCUAACAAUCCUUACGUCACUCGCCGUCCCAUAUUUUGACUUUUUCUUAGAAAAGUUAUUUUUCUACCUAUUUCAAGCAUUUUUCUUUCAUCUAGAGUUUGUCUACAUCUCAAAGCUUUUCUAUUUGUGUUCGCUUUUCUAUCUCCUUCAAAAUGAGCGCAUCUCAACUUGCGGGAAAGACGAGCCGGCGGCAUCCGCUGCAAAGGUUGGAAUCUCCUUCCAAGGGUUUCUCGGGCGUCUUGCAUGUAGCUGGAUUGAUAAACUUUUACACAUCUUUCAAAUUGUGCGUUCACUAUUGCUCAAGAGUCGAUAACCACGAACUUAUCAUGAGAAUAUCAUGAGAGUAUCAAAGAACAUUGCUGACCGAAAAAACAGCUUAACUGACAAUCCUAAUGUGAUGGUCAGUACAAUUCUUUUCCUCCCCUCUUCCUUGCUCCCCUCUUCCCUCCUCCUACUUCCUCCCCACCAAAGCUCCAAACUGACCAAACAAAAGAACGAGUCCUUCGGCUGGCACCUCCAAUUCCUAACGAUAAUCGGCCUCUCUAUAAGCACACUCUGCUUCGCAGUCGGCCUUUUCGCCGACAUAACAAACCCAUCUCCCCUCUCCCGCACCCUCUUCACAGCAAAGAACUACCUCCUCCUCGUCGCCGCACCAAUAGAACUCACAAUCAGCAUCUUAUACUGGGGUCUCCGAACGAUCGACAUCGCCCUUGUUGUCCCCCCGGAUUUGCCGCUACCCCCCCUCCCCACUGAUAUAGGAUUUCACCUUGUUCCAGCCGUCGUGCUUUCGUUGGACGCCGUCCUACUUUCCCCGCCAUGGCCGACUUCUCCUGUGAACACGCAGGCGCCGCUGCUUACUCUUGGGCUCUCCACUGGCAUUGCGUUUGGGUACUGGUGGUGGAUUGAGCUAUGCUACUCGCACAAUGGGUUCUAUCCGUAUCCGCUGUUCGGUUUGCUCUCUACUGUGCAACGAAUUGGCUUGUUCGCUGUGAGUGGUGCAACGAUGUGGGCUGUUGGCGGCGGACUGAGAGUGUUGUAUGCGUGGGUCAAUGGCUUUGAGACGGUGGAGGCGAUGGAGAAGACGAAGCGGGCAAGGAAUAUGGGAGAGGGUGGGAAGUGGGAAUAGAAGUGUGUAUAUAACCAUGCGAUAUACAACGGUUUAGCCGCCAUAGCGACAUGGGGAGUAUGGAUUGAUGGGAAAUGGGAAUGGACUUAUCAGUAAUCAGGGAGCACAUCUUUCAUGACAAAUUGGUCGUGCCGCAGCAGUAGUCUCACACUGAAACUGGUCAGAAGUACGGGCGAAUACACUCAAGUUAAAAAGUAGUUUUAUUGUACAAACCUUCUAGCCUCUCAUCAGCCUCUCAUGCUCGAAAACAAACCGCCAGAAAAGAGCCUCCGUAAAAAUGAAGAACAUACAGCAGCAUUUGCGAAGCGAUCCCACAGUAUGUUCUCCGUAU